UCCCGGAGCCCCUGACCCACACCCACCCGAACUUCGGCCGGGUAACCCCUCUCCCUUCCCGCGGCGACUCAGCUACCCCCCUGAGAACACGUUGGGGAGGCGCGAUGGCUUCUCAUGACAACCCCGUCCCCAGGCCCCCAGGGGUUAGUGACGGCGGGCUGCACCCAUUGUGGUGGGCAUACGAGACCCCCGGGGCGACUGAAAGGACCCCAGCGCCGGGUGCUCGCUGGCCCGGGGAGGCGGGGCGCGGGGGCGGGGCGGCGGUCCCCGAAGUCCCACCCCGGGGCGGUGCCGGCUGGGCAGUGUCAGGAAGAGGAAGCGCGCGGCGCGCUGCAAGCAGGGGCCGGGUCGGGCCGAGCAGCGCCGCGCGGGCCACCAUGGCCACGGACGAGCUGGCCACCAAGCUGAGCCGGCGGCUGCAGAUGGAGGGCGAGGGCGGCGGCGACGCGGCCGGGCAGCCGGGCCUGAACGGGGCGGCGGCGGCCGGGGGCCCCGGGGCGCCCGACGAGGCGGCUGAGGCGCUGGGCAGCGCGGACGACGAGCUGAGCGCCAAGCUGCUGCGGCGCGCGGACCUCAACCAGGGCAUCGGAGAGCCGCAGUCGCCCAGCCGCCGCGUCUUCAACCCCUACACCGAGUUCAAGGAGUUCUCCAGGAAGCAGAUCAAGGACAUGGAGAAGAUGUUCAAGCAGUACGACGCCGGGCGGGAUGGCUUCAUCGAUCUGAUGGAGCUCAAACUCAUGAUGGAGAAGCUUGGAGCUCCCCAGACCCACCUGGGCCUGAAAAACAUGAUUAAGGAGGUGGAUGAGGACUUCGACAGUAAGCUCAGCUUCCGGGAGUUCCUUCUGAUCUUCAGAAAGGCGGCGGCUGGGGAGCUGCAGGAGGACAGCGGGCUGCACGCGCUGGCCCGCCUCUCCGAGAUCGACGUCUCCACUGAGGGUGUCAAGGGCGCUAAGAGCUUCUUCGAGGCCAAGGUGCAGGCCAUGAACGUGUCCAGCCGCUUCGAGGAGGAGAUCAAGGCCGAGCAGGAGGAGAGGAAGAAGCAGGCGGAGGAGAUGAAGCAGCGGAAAGCGGCCUUCAAAGAGCUGCAGUCCACCUUCAAGUAGCGAGGCCACAGCCACCGCCGGCCCUGCCCGGGGGCCGGGGGGCAGGGAGGGAGGCGCGUGGGAGGCGGGGCGGGACCACCACUAAAACCUAAGUUGUGAAUGGAGCUAGUCCAGGGGUCUCUCACGCUGCCCGGCCACUGCCUGCGCCCUUCCGCUGAUCCCACAGCUGCGACCCCAGCGCCGCCCCUGCCUGGCCCAGCCCUCCCUGGCCACCCCUGCGCCUCACACCUCUGGCCCAAGGUUCUGCUGUGCCUGUGUGCCUGGCCCCUCACCCAUCCCGUCCCAUCCUCCUGCUCUAACCAGCAGGCUGCCCUGCCCGGCGCCCGCGACAGCCCCCUACCGGAUGGGAGCGCAAACACAAGAAGGAUCGAGGCUGUCCCCUUAGAGCAGGGUGGGGGGCCCGUGGCAGGCACCAGGGGAGCUGCCCCAGGGCCUGUCCUCCAGCUCUGCCCCACAGUCUGCUGCGAUGGGCGGGCUUCUGUUUCGGUGAAGGGACCCAGGCCCUGGCACCCCAUGGUGACGUAGAGAUGGGGCCCAGCCAGGCAGGGUGAGGGGCCGCUGUGCCGAACUACCUCACGGGCCGCACUCUGCCAGGCCUACCAUGGGGUGGUGGGUGGGAAGGCUUGGGGGGCAGAAACACCACCCCCUGAUGCCCCCGCACAUCCUGAAGUUCCUAGGGGGCUGCGGAGAGAGAGGGGUGGGGAGGAGGGGCUGGGGUCCCCCAAGAUGGGCUGGAAGUGUCUGCACCGCCGCUGGGGAGCAGGGCCUGACCCCCUUCCCACCCUCCUUCCCGAGCGAUGCCCCUGGCUUUGUCCCUAGCUGCUUCCGCCCAUCACAGCCACCCCUGGGAAGCAUGGGGACCCCCAUGCCAUCGCCAAAGGGGCAUGGCCAAGGCCCCCGCCACCGGCCGUCCUCUCACAGCCCCCUCCCCGUGUGCUUGCUCACGUGUGUGUGUGUGUGUGUGUGUGUCUGUGUGUCUUGCCGUGUUGUGAAACUGUGACCGUCACCUAGUCCAGACAAGUGAACGGCCAUGGAGGCCACAGUUAUGCAACUUUCGGUGUGUGUCCUGACAGCGUCACUGCUUUUUAAACUCGAUCGAUAACUCUUUAUUUUAGUACUACGCCCUGGGAGCCCCCAGAGCUCCCAAGGGACUCGAAGAGGUUUUAUUUUUUUGGCCUGAGAACCUGCAGGACGUCGGAGGUGCCUGGCCCCGUGCGGUGGCCUUCACCCUGGGUUGCGUUUGCCUUAGCGGAUAUGUUUAUACAGAUGAAUAUAAAAUCUCCUUCUUCUUUUGGCUUUUUGCUUUUUAUAUUUUUCUUCAUCCCUUCUCAUCCCCCCCCCCAAAAAAAAGCUACUUCUUCAUUGGGUGGUACGAUUAUUUUUUUUAACUAAAAUAAGAUAAAAUUCUA